UUCCAGUUACGGAAUACAUCACUGUUACUUAAUCAGCUUGUUGUAUUAGGUCAACUUAAUGACAACUGCCAGCAUGGAACACUGAGGUUAGUGAAUGGAAGUGCUACCUACAGAGGAAGACUAGAGAUUUGUAUCAACAAUGUAUGGGGAAGUGUAUGUGGCAAUUAUUACUUUCAAUACUAUGGUACUUAUAAUGCAAGAGUAGCUUGUAGACAGCUUGGAUAUGAAGUAGAUGGAGGACAAUCUGUAAGUUACUAUGGUGGUGCUCAUUAUGGUCAAAGUACUGGUCCAAUAUGGCUCAACCGCCUGCGCUGUACUGGAUCUGAGAAUAACUUGCUGGAUUGUAAUAAAGCUGUUGAUAUUGGUAAUACUUAUGAUUGUUCACACUCAGAAGAUGUUAGUAUAGUUUGUCCAGCAUGUAGUACUGGAUUAGUGCGACUCACUGAUGGACUAAUACCAACAGAAGGAACUGUUGAAGUGUGUAAUCAUGGAGCAUGGACUAGUGUCUGUGAUAAUGGCUGGGGAUAUCAAGAAGCAUUUGUAGUGUGUAGACAAUUAGGUCUACCAGCAACAGAUGCACAGCCUGUUCAUUAUUAUAAUUCUUUUGGAUAUGGACAUGGUAUACCAACAUUGAAUAACUGGAGAUGCAUUGGGAAUGAGUCCAGUUUGAAUGACUGCUUAAAGUCUACAUCAAGUUGUUACUAUAGUUAUUAUAGUGUGCGCAUGUACAGUAUAUCUGGAGUUAGUUGUAAAGGAAAUAUUGUACCAGGAAAUUGUUCUACUGGCAGUAUGCGUCUUGUUGGUCCUAAUGGUCCUAAUAAAGUGGAAGGGAGAGUAGAGUAUUGUAGUAAUGGAGUGUGGAGUACUGUUGAUAGCUAUGGAUUUGAUGUUAGAGAUGCUCAUGUUGUAUGCAGAAGACUUGGUCAUCAGACACCACGAGCUUUGAUAUUUUGGAAUGCUUACUUUGGUCAAGGAUCUGGUCCAGAUGUUGCUCCAGAAAAACGAAUCCGAUUCUCAUGCAGUGGGAAUGAAAACUCACUGAUACAUUGUCAUAAUUAUGCUUCCAAUUCUUACUGUGGUAAAGCAAUUGGAUUCACAUGUUCAAGUGUAGUAAAUUGUAGCAAUGGAACAAUUCACCUAACUGAUGGAGAAGGAGAUAAUGAAGGAAGAGUAGAGAUAUGUACUGAUGGUAUAUGGAUGACAAUUGAUGCAAGAUACUGGAAUUAUAAUAAUGCUAAAGUUGUUUGCAGACAAUUAGGAUAUUAUGAUACUUGGUCUGUGGCAAUUACUGAUACUAGCUGGAGUGGUAAGAAUGAAAGAGUUGGUUAUAGAUAUGUGUGUACUGGAACUGAGAAUAAAUUGAGUAAAUGUUCAAAAAACUCACCUUCAUUAUAUUAUGCCAAUAGUUGGUUUAAUCAGAAACGAGGUGGAGUAACUUGUCAAUACAAUGUUACUGAAAACUAUUGUGACAAAGAAGGAUCAAUACGGUUAUCUAAUGGGGGUGAUUCAAGAGAAGGUAGAGUUGAGAUAUGUCUCAAUGGAUACUGGGGUACAGUGUGUAGUACUGGAUGGGAUGAAAGAGAUGCUCUAGUAGCAUGUACACAAGUUGGUCAUCAUACAUUGAGAGCAAUACCAGUGACUAAUGAAUACUUUGGAAGAGGGACUGGACCAGUUCACAUGACAGGAGUUGAUUGUACUGGCAAUGAAGAGAGUCUUACUCAGUGUUCUUAUGUUAAUGGUAUAGGAGCAACCAACUGUUAUCAUGCUAAAGAUGUUGGAGUUAUGUGUAUAGAGUCUCCUAUUCACUACAGCGUGACCAUUGACACUGAUACUGAUGCUAUUUCAAUUGGGAAUAGAGUAGUACUUACCUGUAAUGUAUCUCCUGCUCCUCCUGUUGACAAUGCACAACCUGUUUAUUAUUAUAAUUCUUUUGGAUAUGGACAUGGAAUACCAACAUUGUACAACUGGAGAUGCAUUGGGAAUGAAUCAAGUUUGAAUGUUUGUUUAAACUCUACUACAACAAGCUGUUACUAUAGUUAUGGUGGUUUGUACAGAAUAUCUGGAGUUAGAUGUAAAGGAAGCAUUGUACCAGGUAUAUAG